CACUGCCGGACACACACAGAGAGAGAGAGAGAGAGAGAGAGCGAGAGAGAGAGAGAGAGAUAAGAGAGAGAGGACUAUGUGUUAAUACUUAAUGAGGCUAAUUAACAUAUCAAAGUUAGGCUUAUUCAUAGAAGGAGUGAUAAGGCUGGUAAUCUAGGAAUCUGUCGGCUGGACGAGCAUCAACUCUGACAUGUAGUUACAGUCUGGACGUUAUUUGUCCUCAUUAUUUAUCACUCAGCCAUUUGCCCUUCAGUGUCCUUGUUUCUCACUGGCUGAUCUGAGAGAUGCUACAGAAGCUCAUAUCUGUAUGGUUAUUAAACAUAAACACUGUUUAAGGAGAAUCCACUCUUUAGGCUGUGAAUGUCUGCAGAUGAUUUGCUCUGAUCAAGCCACCUGUUUGUGUUUGUGACAGCAGAGUGACACAGCAGCAGCAUCCAGAGCGUAAAGUCAAGUCAAGAGCACACAGACCAUAAACCGCCUCCGAGGACCAGCUCAGCAGAUCUGAGUUUAGAACCAGGACCAGAACCACUUUAUUUGGCCAAGCAUCAGCAGAGCAUCAUGGGAGGUGUAGCGCUGGAUGAGGGGCCGAGUGGUGUGAAAGCCCCCGAUGGAGGCUGGGGGUGGGCCAUUCUGUUCGGCUGCUUCAUCAUCACGGGCUUCUCCUACGCCUUCCCCAAGGCCGUCAGCGUCUUCUUCAAAGAGCUGAUCAGAGAGUUCGGCGUCGGGUACAGCGACACCGCCUGGAUCUCCUCCAUCCUGCUCGCCAUGCUCUACGGCACCGGUCCUGUAUGCAGUGUGCUGGUGAACCGUUUCGGGUGUCGCCCUGUGAUGAUGGUCGGGGGUCUCUUUGCGGCUUCUGGAAUGAUUUUGGCAUCGUUUGCUACCAGCAUCAUCCACAUCUAUUUAAGCAUCGGAGUGUUGACAGGUCUUGGAUUGGCCCUGAACUUCCAGCCAUCCCUCAUCAUGCUGAACCGAUACUUCAGUGAGAAGCGCCCCCUAGCGAACGGCCUGGCGGCUGCAGGCAGCCCCGUGGCUCUGUGCUGUCUGUCUCCACUGGGUCAGGUUCUGCAGUACCGCUAUGGCUGGAGGGGGGGCUUCCUGAUCCUGGGGGGCAUCCUCCUCAACUGCUGCGCCUGCGGGGCCUUGAUGAGACCCCUCAUCCCCCCAAAGAAUGCAGAGAAUUCUGGGAUUGAGGAGGCUCAGGAGCAUGAAGAGAAGGUCCAAGCCAAACCCAAGGCCAAGCUGCUGGACUUCACUGUGUUUAAGGACAGAGGGUUUGUCAUCUACACUGUGGCUGCGUCCAUCAUGGUCCUGGGUCUGUUCGUGCCUCCAGUGUUCGUGGUGAGUUACGCCAAGGAACUGGGCAAUGAGGACACCAAGUCAGCCCUGCUGCUGACCAUCCUGGGCUUCAUUGACAUUUUCGCCCGGCCCACGUGCGGAAUCAUCGCAGGUUUGAAGUGGGUGCGCCCGCGGUGUGUUUACCUCUUCAGUUUCGCCCUCAUCUUCAACGGCACCACCGACCUGAUAGGCUCCCAGUCCAAAGACUACGCCUCGCUGGUGGUCUUCUGCAUCUUCUUCGGCAUCUCCUACGGCAUGGUGGGAGCUCUGCAGUUCGAGGUGCUCAUGGCCAUCGUGGGCACACAGAAGUUCUCCAGUGCCAUCGGUUUGGUGCUUCUCUUGGAGGCCAUAGCUGUCCUAGUCGGACCUCCUUCUGCUGGUCAUCUGAUUGCAGGUCUUGGAUUGGCCCUGAACUUCCAGCCAUCCCUCAUCAUGCUGAACCGAUACUUCAGUGAGAAGCGCCCCCUAGCGAACGGCCUGGCGGCUGCAGGCAGCCCCGUGGCUCUGUGCUGUCUGUCUCCACUGGGUCAGGUUCUGCAGUACCGCUAUGGCUGGAGGGGGGGCUUCCUGAUCCUGGGGGGCAUCCUCCUCAACUGCUGCGCCUGCGGGGCCUUGAUGAGACCCCUCAUCCCCCCAAAGAAUGCAGAGAAUUCUGGGAUUGAGGAGGCUCAGGAGCAUGAAGAGAAGGUCCAAGCCAAACCCAAGGCCAAGCUGCUGGACUUCACUGUGUUUAAGGACAGAGGGUUUGUCAUCUACACUGUGGCUGCGUCCAUCAUGGUCCUGGGUCUGUUCGUGCCUCCAGUGUUCGUGGUGAGUUACGCCAAGGAACUGGGCAAUGAGGACACCAAGUCAGCCCUGCUGCUGACCAUCCUGGGCUUCAUUGACAUUUUCGCCCGGCCCACGUGCGGAAUCAUCGCAGGUUUGAAGUGGGUGCGCCCGCGGUGUGUUUACCUCUUCAGUUUCGCCCUCAUCUUCAACGGCACCACCGACCUGAUAGGCUCCCAGUCCAAAGACUACGCCUCGCUGGUGGUCUUCUGCAUCUUCUUCGGCAUCUCCUACGGCAUGGUGGGAGCUCUGCAGUUCGAGGUGCUCAUGGCCAUCGUGGGCACACAGAAGUUCUCCAGUGCCAUCGGUUUGGUGCUUCUCUUGGAGGCCAUAGCUGUCCUAGUCGGACCUCCUUCUGCUGGCCGUCUUCUGGACUACACCAAAAACUACAUGUUCGUGUUCCUCCUGGCUGGUAUUGAGGUCACUCUGUCUGCUGUGGUGUUGGCCACAUGCAACUUCCUGUUCAUCAAGAAGAAGCCUCAGGAGGCGGAUGCUGCUGUAGAAGCUGGAGAGGUGGCUGGAGAACUGGAGCAGCUCCAUAAGAACCACACAGAGGAGCCGAAGGAACCCGACGGAGAUGCAGAGAAGCAGAGGGACCUGGAUGACCAGGAGGCUAAAGAAGAGACGGAGGGAACGUCGCAAGAAGAAACAACCCUUCAAGAUGGGCACGUGCAGAACGGCGGCGUCGGCGCUAAUCCUGAAAGCAGCCUGUGAGCGGAGACGCUGGACGAAACAUUAGCCAAGGACAGAGGAGGAGGUUGCAGAUGUCCAGAUUAGAGCAAUAGACCGUCCACAGUAUUAGCGCGAGCUGUCUAGAUGUUGUCUCGGUCCAUUAUCCACCAGAACACUACUGGCGGACUUGUGCAGACCAGAAUGACCACGAGUUUCCACUGUGUACACGCCUGCACUGCCACAAGUAGAAAAGAACAGGCCUGUAGUGAGCACAGGUAUGGAGAUGCAGAGGUCAAAGGUCACGCCAUCACUGCUUUUGCUUGUUCUGGUGCCAACACAGCUGUAAAAACCAGUUUAAGUGCAUUAGUGUCCCAAGGCCUUUAAACAUCACGUUCAGUCUGAUAUGAUAAACGUGCUGCUAUCUGUUUGUGUUGUAAGUGCUUUUCUGUUAGCGUGGGCCAGUUUCCUGCACGUGGAUUAAGCCUAGUCUUGGACUAAACUGCAUAGCCAGUGCUGAUCCAUCACUAACAAUCAUUUAGCAAGUGAUAGGUCCGGUUCUGAUUUUUAAAUAUUUGUUGUAUAACUGUUGGUUAAUCUGAAGCUGUGCUGCUAUAUCGGAAAUCUGUUUAUCUGACAUCAAUUUAUUUCCACCAUAAGUGUGUAAUUUCACUGACCAGCAGUUCUUCAGUAAUAACAAUGCUGGAACUACUUUUUGUGGCGGAAGAACUCACUAACAUUGAGGCCUUUUAUACACCGAACAUGAUUUAUUUGUGCAAUUUAUUCAGAUUUAUAUUAAAUGUGGAAGAUCUCAACAUUUCAGCUUCUGAAUGAAGUGGUGAAGCUGUUUAUGCUACUUUCACUUUUCCAACAUGGACAGUAGCUCAGCGUCACCGUUGGUUUGUUCUGCUGGGAGCAAAGAAUCAGGAACCGUAUUACAGAAACUUCCAUCUUUUUGUUCUAAAUUAAGAUCUGACAGGUGAUCUUAAUUUAGGACUUUUAUCUUAUCUUACAGCGUCUUAUCUCC